AUGUACACCAGCGACUGCAACAGGGAAGGCACGGACAGCCACUUCUUGGUGCAGCAGAGGGGCAAGAUCAAGCGCAUUCUGGAUCGCGAUGCCGGCGAGUCCCAGAGCACGCGGGUGUAUUGGGUGCGAAAGAAGCGGAAGAUCUAUGCCAUGUUCUUCUAUGACUUCUUCCACACUAUACUUCAAGUGCCCGUUCUGGGUGUCUACCCGAUGGUCUUCAUCUCUUACGCACUCUGCCAUCUGCUUUUCGCGAUUAUGUGGUGGAGCAUUUCGGACAGCUGCGCGAUCGGGCUCUCGAAUCUUAUGUCGGCCUUCUACUUUUCUGUGGAGACGCAGAUGACCAUCGGCUAUGGUGCUCCAGCCGAGAACUUUGCUGGCUGCCCAGAGGCCGUACUUUUGCUGCCGUUGCAGGUCGUCUGCGGGCAGAUGCUAGAUGCAGCUGUGAUCGGCAUCGUUUUUGCACAGAUUUCAGCGGCGAGUGCUCACGCAGCGAGCGUGAUGUUCAGCGACACAGCGUUGCUGAGAGUGGUGGAUGGCUGCGUGCAGCUGACCUUCAGGAUCGCCAAGAGGACUGGCUUCAGCUUGUCACAAGGGAAGAUCCAGGUGUACUGUGUGCAGCACCACAAGGACCCUUCGCAACCGCGCGGCGUGCGCGUGGAGGUGAAUGCGAUGCACCUGAUUGAGCCCGACAUGGACAUGUACAACGGGGUGAUCUUCCUGGGCCUCCCUGCCGAAGUCAGCCACAAGGUGGACUUCAGCAGCCCCUUGUCGCCCAUGGUUCCUGCGGGCACCGCUGGGUAUCCUUCUGAGCUCGACGUGCGGACGUACCUCAAGUCGUCGAAGUACUUGGAGAUACUGGUGCUGGUGAGCGGUGUGGAGCAAACCACGGCCGCGAGCUUCGAGGCCAGACACUCCUACACCCUGGAUGACCUUUUCUGGAACAGGACAUUCGAGCCAUGCGUGUCCAUCAACAUGGACGGUCAACACACCGUGGAUCUGCAGCGAUUUCAUCAAAGCCAUAUGAAUCGGGACGAGGCCAUGGCGGUGGUUCCUGACCGUGCAGUCUCUGUGCGGACACACCACUCCUUCAGAGCGACCCUUGCGCCACAGGUGGCAGAUUGGACCAUUUACCGCCGCGGGAGAGCUCCACUUGGAGUCACUCUGGAUGAGCUUUUCGCGUACAGGACGCACAGCCACUCUGACCUGUUCACUCGGCAAAACAGCCUUCCGGCAGCACAGAGCCAACCAUGGGCUUGGGGGGGUUGA